CUGAGAGGAGGGGGACGAGGCGCUGAACCCGGGGGGGCCGAGCGCUCCGCCCGAGCUCUGGGGGCCCGGGGGCCGGCGCAGGGGCGGCGCGGGUCUCGGUUUCAUUUCCCGCAGAUCGCCCGCCUCCCUCCCAUCCUCGCUCCGCUCCCGGCCAUGAAGCCGCAACAGGAGGUGAGCAUCCCGCUGCACCCCCCCGGACGGGGACCACCCCUCACCAGCGUCCCCGACGAGCAGCCCCGCGACUUCAUCCUCUGGUCCCUCUUCAACGUCCUGGCGGGCUUCGCUCUCACCUACCUUGGCUGCUUCUGCUUCCCCUCGCUCAUCUUCUCCAUCAAGGCCCGCGACUGCAAAGUACUGGGGGACCUGGAAGGUGCCCGGCGAUACGGAACCCGGGCCAAGGUGCUGAACAUCAUCUUCUCUGUGCUGAUAGCCAUCGGCGUCUUGUCCACCAUCACCAUUGCCAUCGUGUUCCUCACCAUGAGCAGCAGACAGCUAUAGAACUUCCACCACCAUCCCACUGCCCUGUGCUGUGCUCACCCCCAUAAUGUGUCCCAAGGAAUUUCUGCUUUGGGGAAGGGGCACAGAGCCCCGUCCUCUUCCUGCGUGUGGCAUGGCAGGGAUGGGUGGGGGGCUUCCUCCUCUACUUGUGCUCCUGGGCCAUGCUGGUAUUUAACCAAGCUACAACGUAUGCAUGGAUUGCCGCUGCCACAAAUAAAGCUCCUGCUCACCAA